UAAGAUCAUGAGUUUUGUAUCGAUUGAUCAGAGUGUCCAGAAGGUGUAAAGGUGUUAAGUGUAAAUUUAAAAUCCUAUCGGAAUAUUGAAGAAAAUUGCAUUUCAAGAUGCGAUAUUUUCUUGCUCUCACCGUAAUCUUAUUGGUGUGUGGAUCGUUAAAUGCAGAAGAAAAUCAAAAGAGUGAAAAUUCAAACAAGAAACGUUCUGUCGGUCAUGGAGCAUUGGCAGUAGGAGGUGGUGGAUAUUUAUCAUCAGGAAUUAGUUCCGGUCUCGGAUAUGCAACGAGUUCCGGUCUCGGAUAUGCAACGAGCGCCGGUCUUGGAUAUGGAUCGAGCGCCGGUCUUGGAUAUGGAUCGAGUGCCGGUCUUGGAUAUGGAUCGAGCGCCGGUCUUGGAUAUGCAUCGACUUCCGGUCUAGGAUAUGCGUCGGGCUACGGUGGUGUCUACGGUGGAGGAGUUGCAGCAUCAGGCUACGCAGGCACAGCAGUUUCAAGCGCACCAUUAUAUGCCUCUUCAGCGGUAGGAGGCUUAGGAUCUGUUUCAGGCUUAGGAGUUGCAGGAGGCUUAGGAGUUGCAGGAGGUUUAGGAGUUGCUGGUGCUGUAGGAGUCGUCGCACCGUCUGUGGCUGUUACGCGUAAUAUUGUUCAAACAGUCUCUCAACCGGUUCCAGUUCCAGUCGAUCGACCAAUUCCUGUCGAUCGUCCUGUUCCGUAUCCGGUUCGUGUAGACCGACCAGUUGCUGUUCCAGUCGAUCGUCCAUAUCCAGUUCCUCAACCUUAUCCAGUUACCGUCACCAGAAAUGUUCCCGUGCCUGUUGAUCGACCAGUACCAGUGGAUCGGCCAGUACCUGUAGAUCGUCCAGUUCCAUAUCCAGUACAUGUAGAUCGACCUGUCGCUGUUCCAGUCGAUCGUCCAUAUCCAGUUCCACAACCCUACCCAGUGACCGUAACAAGACACGUACCAGUGGCAGUAGAUCGACCAGUACCCGUAGAUCGUCCAGUUCCAUAUCCAGUGCAUGUAGAUCGACCAGUAGCUGUUCCAGUCGAUCGUCCAUAUCCAGUGCCUCAACCAUACCCAGUACCACAACCUGUUGCCGUUCCAACACCUGUAGCCGUUCCAACACCUGUCGCCGUUGCUGGACCCGCAUUUGCACCUUCAGUGGCGAUUGCAUCAUCAGGUGUUUCCCUAUCUGGAGGAAUUGUUCCUGGAUAUUCUGUCGGAUCCUCACUUUCAGGUGUGUCGUAUGGCGGUGGGAUUUCUACAGGUUUAGCAUUAGGAUCGGCAGGAUUAGCAUACGGCCAUGGUUAUGGCUAUGGAGGGCUUCACUCAGCUGGUUACUCUUCCAUCGGCUCGUCGGCGUUGAAAGUCAUUCCAGCUCCAUCAUUGGGACCUGUCUAUUCGUCUGGAGUAGUUCGAUAUGGUUCUGGCUAUGGUUCAGGCUAUGGUUCAGGCUAUGGUUCAGGCUACGGUUCAGGUUACGGUUCAGGUUACGGUUCAAGUUAUGGACAUUCGUCGAAAUAUUACUCAAGUCCAUUGAGCUUAAUCAAAUAUGGAAUAUCCAAGCAUCAUUAUUGAUAGAGUAUUCGAACUCGUAAUUGUUAUUAUCAAGUCUGUUAAUUUGUUAAAAUGUGAAUAUGUUAUAUUCCCGCCUCGGGGUUGUAGCAUAUUAUAUCGCUUUGUUAGAUUAUUAUCAAUACAGUUUAAGAUGACAAACAGAAUAUUCAAUUUAAGCUCUUGUCUUUGUAAGCUUAGUUAAAGAGGAGCAUAAUCUAAAUACAUGAAGAAUAUUUGAUUUGAA